CCACUCCACAGUCUUGGAGGACCACUCCACAGUCUUGGAGGACCACUUCACAGUCUUGGAGGACCACUUCACAGUCUUGGAGGACCACUUCACAGUCUUGGAGGACCACUUCACAGUCUUGGAGGACCACUCCACAGUCUUGGAGGAGACAGUACUCGCAGGCUUAAGGGAAGAGGACCAAAUGGCCGGAGUCAUUAGGGUGGUGCUGGCUACAGUAACCGUCGCCUGCAGCGUCCACUCCCAAGACUGGACAGAUGGCUGUGUGGUGGAGCGUGGUUUACGGCGCACAGUGUUUGAGAGGACGGUGACGAUGCUGUUAGCGGAGCCGCUGGACCAGAGGCUGCAGGUGGUGGCUCCCGGGCCCAAGGCCAACUGUACCCUGAACGUCACACUGGGCAGCAGUUUGGACCCCUUGCCUGUGAUGUGGACUCCCGCCACCCUGGUCCUGUACCCGCGCUUGGAGCUGAGGGUGGCAGGUCGCCCUGCUCUCAGCACAGCCUGCGCCCCGCUCACGCCACCAACAUUCCUGGUUAUGAACAAUGUACUCGCUCUCACGCACUGCCCGCAAGGCAAGUCCAUCUGGAGGCUGACGCCCAGUGACAAGUCGGUGACAUUUGAGGUGGGAGAGAGCGAGAGGUUCAGCAUCGUGUCCUCCGAGGAGGUGGAAUUCCUGGCGCUGAGGUUCGACCAGGAGACACUCUUCCUGUGCCUGCAGGCCGGCGAGGCUCCCUACCUCCACAAGGGCCGCAAGUGUCCGGCCUCCAGAGGCCUCAAGGCCCACCUCCCCCUCAACCUCCACUUCAUCCUCUCAGACACAGACUAUCAGAUCCUGGGGAACGGGGAGCGGCUAAGGAGUCAGGUGUGGAAGACUGGCCGGUCCAAGAUUCUGGAGUUCACAAAUAAGAAGAAAAACAACACUAGCACUGUAUAUGUGGCCCACCAGCUGCCCGUGAGACCCCAGGACGAGGCCCACCCCAUGUCAGUGUUGGUGGCGGUGCUGGCAGUGUUGGUGGUGGUGGUGUGUGUGGCGCUGCUGCUCUCUCUCCUCAGGCACUCUACGGCUCUAUCUGGUUAUGUGUUGUGGAGGCGUCGCCACGCCGGCUGUGAGGGUGAGGGGGGCCCUGAAGGGGGCCCUGAAGGGGGCCCUGAAGGCCACACUGGGCCCCUCGCCGCGUCGUCCAUCUACAGCACCGGCAAGACCUGGCCUCAUCCUCCUCCUCGUCCUCCCAAUACUCUGGUGUCGCCGGAGAAUGACAGCGUCGAGCCGUCCGUUGACGCUCCGAUUGACGUCCAAGCCGAGUACGUCAAGGCUAAAGAUGUCAGUCCCAUCGAGGUGACGAUCUUGAAGCAGCAGAAUAUUAUCUUGGGUCAGAUCUCUCACCAGGUUGAGCCCUCGUGUUCCUGGUCACCGGCGAGACUGUCCGGCCGGAGCUCCAUUGAUGCGUCGCGGCGCCACUCCGCCUCCCGCCGCCAGACACAGCCCAACACGACCAGCAACACGACCAGCAACACGACCAGCAACACGACCAGCAACAUCAAGGUGCAGGCGACGAGCAGUGUGUCUGUAGGCCUGAGCAGGUCGUCUGACAUAUAUGAAACUGUCGACGACACUGUGGACGCGGAUGGUUACUUCCUCCUCGGGGAACUGUAGUUCAGCCGUGUACUAGAGUGCAUGAGUGAAGUGCAGGCUCUCGAUAGUACUGUCGGGUUUCUUCUCUAUUCACAAUCGAGAAUUCCAGGUUCGAAUCCCAGGCGGUACAGAAAUGGUUGGGCGCGUUAAAGUGGUUGGUAUGUUAAACAUUAUUAACAUACCAAUAGACUAUGUAUGCUCUAACAUAUAGCUAGAUGUCUCGGUCCCUUGUACUGCAAAGUCAAAAUGUUACAUCAACAAUGUAGAGAGACUCAAGGCUCUCAGAACUAUAGUGGGGUGCAACUCUAAGUACUGUGUUAAUAUUACAAGAGCAGAAAUGAUGUACUUGGCAUAUAUAAGCUCUCUGAUAGACUAUCAUGCACUAGCUUUAGUCAUGCAUCAUGGCGUAAGUAUUGAUAGACUCGAAAAAAUGCAAAAUAUAGCCCUCAGAAUUAUACUUGGCAGUCCAAUAAUAACAAAAUUUUCAAUAUCUUAAGAGUAGUGUAUCUCCCGUGGCCUUCCUCCUACCACCGUAACCGGCGGUGGGAAA